AUGGUUUCCCCCUGGAUACACAACGGCUCGCUCACCACAUAUCUUGAACACCGUUUCACAAAAAUGACCAUGGAACAAAAGCUCCUGAUCGUGACUCGUGAUAACAACAUUACAGUCCACUCGAAGGGCGUUGUCCACGGUGACCUUACCGCCAACAACAUUCUGAUAGAUUCGGACCGCAAUGCUCACGUAGCAGACCAUGGAAUUCUCACAAUGUGUUCUGAGUUCUCCGGGACUUCAUACAUCAGAAGCAACGUGCGGUGGGCUGUGCCAGAACUCUUCGAGGUCCCCGAGAGCGAAGAGUCAUUGACUCCACAACCAGCUAGCGAUAUUUAUUCUUUCGGAUGCACCAUGCUUCAGGUUCGAGGCGUUCCCUAG